CGCCGCGGACUAUUCCCGCAGCAUCGGCCGUUGGACCCAUAAGCGCACGUCCACGCAUUUGUCCACACGCGCGUAUACACGCGUACACGUCCCGGUUCGGUGCGCGACCUCCGCACGAUCUUUCGCAGGACCCGACCAGCACCGAUCGCGCGUACGCGAUCGUAGGAGUAUAUGUAGCUGUCUACGCGUGCGCGGUUUUUUUCGACCCCUUUUUUUGAUCCCCCGCGCGAAAGAAAAAGGAGAACCGCGUGAGCAAUCGGUGCACGAAGUGACGACAGCCUCCCUCCGCGACCCUUCGCUCGUCGGAAGGGGAUCCACUCGCGAUCGGUAUCCAUCACCAGUGUCCGCGGCAUCGGUCGACAACGAGUCUCUCAGGUUCGAGGGAAGUGCGCGAACGAGCGAGUCUCCGAUGAUCCUUUUGAUGCGUCGCUCGGAUUUCAUGCGGCAUCAUUGAAUCGCGUAGAGAUCGGUAACUUCGGCUGGCUUCGAAGUAGCCAAGAGAGUAGCAGAAGUGGUGAAGUGUGCGAAGUGCCCGGCCAGUUUCUGAUCGACAAUCGAAUCCGGUGGAACGUAAGCGGAAGAAAUGGCAUCGGCGGCAGCGGAAUUAGUGGCGGAAAGGGAGCCGGAGCUCAGGCUCGAGAUGACGGACUCAAACAGGACAUUCGUAGGGGCCCAGGGCUUGGUCAAGAUGGCCCUAGAUCAAUACACGGAGAUUCUUGCGACAGUCUCGGAUCCGCGUGUCAGCGACUGGCCGCUGAUGGACUCGCCUAUACCGACAAUCCUCAUUGUGCUCCUUUACAUAUACGGCGUUGUCAUAUUCGGCCCGCGUAUGAUGGCCAACAGAAAGCCCUACAAACUCAGAAACGUCCUGGUAGCGUACAACGCAUUUCAAGUCGUCUUCUCGCUAGGGAUGAUGUACGAGCAUUUGAUGUCUGGAUGGCUACUUGACUACAGUUACAAGUGUCAACCGGUCGAUUAUUCUCACAAUCCAUCCGCUCUGAGGAUGGCGAACCUCUGUUGGUGGUACUUCAUCAGCAAAUUUACAGAAUUCGCUGACACGAUAUUCUUCGUGUUGCGCAAGAAGGACAGCCAGGUGACAUUCCUGCAUUUGUACCAUCACUCUCUCACACCUUUGGAGACGUGGAUAUGUGUGAAAUUUAUCGCGGGCGGUCAUGGUACUUUGGGAAAUCUUAUAAACAACGCGGUACAUGUCAUCAUGUACGCGUAUUAUAUGUUAGCAGCUAUGGGUCCAGAAUAUCAAAAGUACUUAUGGUGGAAAAAGCAUUUGACCACAGUACAAUUGGUGCAGUUCUUCGUGGUAUUCGUGCACAGCGCGCAGGCCCUCAUUUUCGACUGUGGUUAUCCGAAACUGGUGGCGGGUCUACUUCUACUUCACUCGACGAUCUUCUUCGUGCUCUUCUCUGACUUCUACAGGACUGCUUAUCGUAGAGGAAAGUCUGCAAAGGAAUUUAAGGCUGAAUAAAAUACAUGAAGGAUGAUAUGGAGAAAAAAAAUCUUCGUUCUUAUGUUGAACGAAAAUAUACACAACAUAUACACAUAUCAUGAAUUCGUUCAAAUGUAGCUCCCUUCUACACCGGUGAAUCGACUUCGAAAGCCUGUCUCCAUGCUUCGUUAAUCUACAGAUAAAUAUAUAUAUAUUCAAAAUAUACCAUUGCAAAAGGAAACUUUAAAUACAAGCAAUGAAGAAAAUAUCACAAUUCUUAAUGUAAAAGUGAUGAAAUUAUCAAAGGUGAGAAGAAAGAAGUAUACGAUGAUGAGUAAAAAAGUGUAUUACCGCACCUCUUUUGCGUCAAUACUUUCAUAUAUUUAUAGCAUUUUCAUUUAUAUAAUUAUAUAUGUAUAUAUAU